GUAUAUGAUAAUAUCCAGCCCAUCGUUUGGACCGUUACCAUUCCAUUCUUUGUGGUAUGCCUCGCAUCAUCUACUAUCCGACUCUACACCCGAGCUUUCAUUCGGGUUCCUUUUGGCAAAGAUGAUUGGUUUAUGCUGGUUGCAACGAUCUUGUUCAUCGGUCAACAAUACAUCGCCUGGAUGUGGACUAUACUAGGCGGUGGGCUGCACGUUACCGACCCUCGCGUCAAGACGGAAAACCUUAAGAAAAUCAGCGUCUAUCUCUUUGCAGAAGAGUUCUACUAUCUACUCCUACAGUUUUUCAUCAAGAUGUCCUUUCUCUUCUUCUACCGCCGUACACUGGAGGUCAACCCUGGUUUCAGACUCGCGGUAAUCAUCACGGUGGUCCUUGUGUGCCUACAGACUGGCGGUACAUGGAUCUUCUACGGCCUACAAUGCAUUCCCAUCCAGGCCUACUUUCAACCCGAACUCUACCCAAAUGCCGUUUGCAUCUCUUCUGGUCUAUCAUACUACCUGCCCUCCGUUGUCAACGUCUUCAUGGACGCAGUCAUCUACCUUCUUCCUAUCUACCCCCUGUGGAACGUGCAAACUCCAGUCCGCCGCCGAAUCGGUUUAAUCUGCAUCUUUACCCUCGGAGGCUGCACGAUCAUGGUCUCACUUCUUCGCUUCAUCGUCCUCUGGCAACUCGCGAACACAAAGGACACGUCUUAUAUCUUUGGUUCCGUCACUAUCGUUACUUCGAUCGAAUUCGCAGUAGCGAUUAUCACCGCAAACAUGCCUGGUAUGUACGCCUUCUAUCGGGCGAGAAUAUCG